AUGGUUGAAUGUGAAUAUAUUUCCAGAUGGGUGGUUGGGUUUCGGUUUUAUGAUAAUAGUGGUUGUGAUAAUUAUUUUAUAAGCUCAAUAGCUGAUCUUUUCAACUUUUGGAGCAAACUUAUUCAAAAUAAAUAAAGUUCUAAUCGAUACUGAUGUUACGGUGAUAAUGAUUGAACUGAUGGUAUUCAAAGUAUCUACUUAUUUGUAUUUAGGUUCACACCAGAGUCCAUCCGUUGGUACUUAACGCAUAAUAAAAUCGGGAAAGCUGAGGAAAGCUUGCGACAAAUAGCUAAAGCGAAUAAGAAGGACUAUCUUGAAGGAAGUUUAAAGAUACCAACCGUGCCAAAGAAAAACUUAAGUUGUUUAGCUUUGUUCUCGAGUUGGUCUGUGACAAUUAAUGUUCUUAUUCAAGGUUUUGUAUGGUAAGGACAAAAGGACGAAACCCAGGCCCCCCGACCCCCGGGAUAGGGCGGGGAAAUUAACAUUUUGACAAUGUUAAAUUUUGGAAAUUUCCCCGCUACCGGAAGAAUAUUGACUGUUAAAGUUACUGCCUCUAUUGCCCCGGCACUUUGCGAAUUUUCAUGUCUUGGGAAAUGGGAAAUCGUUGAAGAAUAAAAUGUUCACAACAUGUGAAGGCAAUCAGUCUUGAUCUUAAACUUUGAUCCGCAUCAAAAGAUACUGAAUAAUCUACGUUUCGAGUAUCUUGCAGUCAUCAUCAGGAAUAUAUAAAAAGUGAAAAUAUAUUCCCUUUUUUUAAGAAAAACCAUGAGGAAACAAUUCUCUGAUUUCGAAGAUUCCGCCAUGUUCGGCACGAGGAUAAAAUCGUUCCAGUCCACUUUCAUAUCAGCCGCGCGUUAAAGUCCCGGCUAUUGUCCCGGCUAAUAAAUUGAUUUGUUAUUUACCCUGUACCCCGGAGGGAAGUGGUGCAUUAAGACCGCGUUAAUCCACGGCCAUUCCCCCGUUAAUUCCCCACCUUGUCCCGGGGUCGGGGGGCCGGGGUUUCAAUUGACUAGUGCAUAAUAGUCUAAAACAAAACGUUUUCAUGUUUUCUUGUCUGCUUUGAAUUACGUAGAUUCGGAUGCAGACAAGAGAUGAUGAAAGCGGCCUACGGAUAGCUAUAGGUGUUGACUGAAUAAUUCAGUUUUAACCACAUAUAUAAUUAUUCUAAGAAUUGUUAAAUAGUUUUAUAAUAUAGCAUUUGCAAAUUCUGAACGCUGAUUGGCUAAGAGCAGUGUUGAUAUAACUCAAUAGAGACCUUACGAUUUUAGGACGGCAACCGCGACGGCAACGGCUACCAAUACAAUAGAUCAUUGAGACGAAUUGAGUAACUACAAUAAAUGAAUAAUUUAGACAUUGUCCUCGCUCUGUUUACAACGCCAAAUCACAGAUUUUCACGUGUUGAUACAACGGCUGCAUUCCAAGCCACAACAAGUGCAACUUCAAACGGUGUUUAGCACAACUCUUCCCAACCAUAAAAUCCAUGUUUUCAACUUCUAAGACUGUAUUAAAUUCAUACGAUUGAUAAUAUACGACAAACUAUCGACUACCAUCUAUUUGAAGGUCUCCAAAACUGUUUAGACUCCCUCAAUGAAUGGAGCAAAAAAUGGGUAAUGAAUAUUAAUUUGAAAAAAACUAAAGUUAUGACUCUACAAAAACAUAACUCUAAACUACAAUCACUCGACUUUUUCUUGGGAGAUAAACGUAUUGAUAUUACAAACGAAUACACUUAUCUCGGUCUAAAACUAACUCCUAACACUAAAUUUUCAGUUGCGACUCAACAACUGAGUGAAAAGGCUAUGCAUGCCUUAUUUAAAAUACGAAAAAAUCUUGAUUUUCAGAAACUUACACCAAAACUUGCCAUAAAAAUCUUUGAUGGCAUAGUCUCUCCAAUCUUGCUUUAUAAUUCUGAGGUUUGGGGAGCCUAUGGUAACAACGAUUUUACUAAAUGGGACAAAACUAGUACUGAGAAAACACAUCUGACAUUUUGCAAACUCUAUUUAGGUGUGAACAGAAAAGCGAGCAAUAUCGCUAGUAGGGGUGAAUUAGGUAAAUUCCCUCUAUUAAUACCCAUAUUCAAAAGAUUAUUUUCUUACAUUAACCACCUUAGUCAAUUACCAGAUACAAGUAUAGCGAAACAAACUUUUUACCUAUCAAAAAGACUUUACUCAAACGGUAAAGAUUCAUUCUAUUUUAAUGCUGCAAGCAUUAUUAAAAAGUUUCAUCCCAAUAUCGAAGAUACAAUAGAUAUUGAAAAAUUUGUCCAGGAUACAAACAUAAACGAUUUUGUAAAAACCAUUAAAGAUAACUACACAUCAUUUUGGAAACAUCAAAUUAAAAACUCUAGUAAAUUGUCAUUUUAUUCUACAUUUAAAAAACACUGUAACUUAGAAGAAUAUCUAAAUAUCAUUAAAGACCCUAACCAAAGAAGACUGUUCUCAAAAUUUCGUAUAAGUAAUCAUAGAUUAGAAAUCGAGUUCGGUCGUUAUAGCGAUGUACCUCGACAGGAGAGACUGUGUAAAUACUGCGAUAAACUUGCAGUUGAAGACGAAUUUCAUUUCUCAUUUGAAUGUGAAAAAUACCAGAAUUUGCGAAAUAACUCGCGCAACAUCCUAAACAACUAUUUCCAAAUGAGCAUCACUGAUGAAUUAAAGAGAAAAUUAUUAAGUGAUCUUAUGUCAUUGAAUGACCCUGUGAUAACAGGUCUAUUUUCGGAACAUAUUUCGAAAUGUUUUUAUAUCAGAGACAACAGCCCUUAAACCAGAAGUCACAAGUGUCUAUAUAUUAUCUAACUUUCCUUUCCCUUUUUCUAUAUUCACUCUUUCUAAUCCUUUCUUAAAUUUUGAUAUUUGUUCUGUCAUAUAUCCUUCCUAUUUGGUAUAUUAUACAUGUAAAUAGCAGUAUAUUGUUUUCCGUUAGUUAAAGUAGUUUUUAUACCAGUUAACUCUUAUAUAUUUUCCAUUACGCCUAGCAAUACCUGUAAUUAGGUCAUGCAAAUAAAGCUUAUUAAUAAUAAUACGAAGGAGUUUGUUUUGGCCGUCGCCGUCGCGGUUGCCGUUCUAAAAUCGUAAGUCAACACGGAAACGUCGGAAAAUUUAUUUUUGGCUUUAUAUAUUUCUUUGUGCUAUAUUAUAAAACAAAUAUAAAACAUUUUUUCCGUAUUGAUAUAUAGUUAUAUCUGAACACUCGUGGAAAUUGAGAAAACUCGAAAUUGUGUGAAAACACUCCGCCCUUCAGGCGUCGUGUUUCCACACAAUUUCUCGUUUUCCCAAUUUCCACUCGUGUUGAUAUAACUGUAUAUCAACACUGAAAAUGCCGGUUUUAUAUUUGUUAAAUAAGUCACGGUUCAUUAGGUACUAGCUGAACUAUAGUAGACAUAAUUAACUGAAGAUUAUUCUUUCUCAAGAGAGUAUCCUACCUUAUAUUGUUUUGUAAUUAAUCGACAGUACGUGCAGCAAAUGGAUAUUUCUUUUUCACUGUCCCAUGGAAACUUACAUAUUUCAUAUUGAGUAUCCAUGCACAGUAUUUGACUACAAGGACUUAAUAGUAAUUUAAUAUAAUUAGUUCUCUUCAUUUGGUAUCUCAAGGUUCGUUAUUGGAAUGGGAUACUUUGGAGCGUCAUAUGGUGCAAGCGAUCUUGGUGGCAGCAUGUACCUCAAUUUUGUCGUCAUCAGUCUCGUUGAGUUUCCCGCAAAUGCUCUGGCUAUUGAUAACCUAGAAAGGUACAACUUAUACUCGCUUAAGUAUCUGGAUGUAUACACCCGCUUCAAAAUUCCCUACAUAUGUAGCUAUUACAGCAGUUUCAAGGGAUAAGCACACACCUUAUACAAAAAGGUCGAGAGCAAUUAUAGUUAAUUUUGACAUUUAGGCACGGUAACUAAUUAAUUCAACAAAAGAAACGCCAUAAACGGAACAAAGCUCGGCUAUUUAUAGAAUAAUAAGUCGUUAAAAAUAUGUACUUAUUUCUCAAUUUAAGCACAAUUUUCUAUCAACUAUUUAGGGGCGGAUCAUUCGAUUUUGAGGGGAGGGGGCGGGGGUGUUGGAAGAUUUUGAAAAAAAAAUUUGCAGACUGAGAUACAAAGUCAUACCUUUCCCAUACCGAGAAAGUUCGAAAAAAUAAUAUCGUAGUAUCGUACAGGGUCUGUGUGGUUAAGAAAAAAUCUUGCAAGUUUAUUAUUUUGUUAACUGAACUGUAUACAUGCAAGCCCACAAUACCAAUUCAAUCGCUCAUCCUUUGGUAAUAACAGAAUAUUAAAGAAAAUAUUUUCUAUUUUAAAAGAAUGUAACUCUACUUCAGUGACGUAGCUAGAGGAGGACACCCAUGGCAAAAUUAUUGCUCCUCGCUGGGAAAAUUCAUGGUUAAAACACCAACCGAGGGCUUUUUCCUUGGUUAAAACACGCGCGCUAACUUUCUUUACUCAAAUUUUUCUGUGUUUGGAAAUGUCAAAUCUCGCGUCCUGUUGGCUCCAUUUGUAGUCUCUUGAGUCUUGAUCGAAGGUGUUCCGCAACGAUUAACGUGCAUUCAACAACUAAGGAGAAUUUGGUAAAUUAACCUACCAUUAUUCGGGGCAUUCCUCUUUGAUUAUCAAAAUAACAACAAGCAAGUUGGUCGUGCAGGGUUUUACUUUAUUGGCAAACCACGUCACAAGGCAAACUUAGUAAGUAGGUUAAUGUGUCGCUGAGUGGUUGAUUGUGAAUAUUUUACUCCUUAUAUACACCGUUGUUAUACCUUUUGUUCAAUUUAACGUUUGUCGUAUUUGCAGUUUUACAAUUAAACAAAACUUAUUGGGGGAGCCUGUACGUAGAGUACUUUUGUUUCAUUCUUUUCAGUUUUCAUCUUGUUUGAGGUGCCCCCAUCCCUGAUCCCCCCCCUGGUGGGAAAUCUGGCUACGCCACUGCUCUACUUAAUAUAUAAACAACUUCAGCUAUCAGCUUUAUGCUCUGACGUUUUUUUCAAACCACCAUUAUGCUUGAAAGAUCCGUGGCAAUGGUUCGUGGUUGAUAGUAUCAUGGCCUGCAAGAGAAGAACUACCCGGGAACAGCUCCCUCACACGUCUGGGAAAGGGAUUCCUUCCCAUUGGUUUUUUUAUCUAAAAAAGUUGUAUACAUGAUAUUAGGAGCUGCUCCGAGUGACAAACCAUACAAGUAGAGAAAACUCUACUUGGCUGGGAUCCGAACCCACGUCCUUCGGUUUCCGAGGCCAAUGCUGAGCUAGAGGUCAAGUUGGGAGCAUAGUUCAGUAAUUUUAGCUCAUUUUAGGCCAAGGUUGGAAAACAAAUAGUAAAAAGCUAAAAAUUGCAGAGUUGUUAACGAGUCCUAUGUUGCAAGUCCAAGUCAAGUCACAAGUCAUUUGGUCUGAGUUCAAGUCAAGUCAAAAGUCAUUUUGUCUAAAUCCAAGUCAAGUCAAGUUAGAAGUCAUUCCGAGUGGCAAGUCAAUUCAAGUCAAGUCACAAGUCAUCAGUAUCGCCACAUGUGGCCGUGUUUUCCCACGCAAAACGGCAAAAUAUGCAAAUAUGGCGUCGUUAUUUUAUGUCAGAAAUUUUACCACGAAAUCGCGAAAAAAACGCUUUGUCAGAAAAUACGCCGGCACAAAUUCUGUCGAUGCCAGUGAUAUGUACUAAGGUCGUUGCCCAAAUUUUACAACACGACAAUCGUCGAUCGAUCGAUCAACACAAAGAUUUUGGAAAACUUGAUUUUCACUAGAUAUUUACGUUUGACUUGCGUUGGUAACAAGUCAUUUCUUGCAAGUCCAAGUCAAGUCACAACUCACAAGUCAUUUUGUCCAAGUCAGGUCACAAGUCAUCAAUCUCUUUAACAAGUCAAGUCACAAGUCACAAAAAUUGCGACUCGAGUCCGACUCUAUAACAAACAUACUUGCAGGUUCGGUGAGUCCGGGAUUGGACGCACCGAGGCCGAGUUCCAGCCACCCGAGGUGCGUCCAAUCCCGGAUUCACCGAACCUGCAAGUAUGUUUGGUUUUUAUCACAUGCCAUUUCGGUAAAAUACUAAAAAAUACUGAAGAAUUUUAUACGCAUUUUACUUUUUAAUAUAUACUUUCGUGUUUGGAUAACGAACAUUUUAGCCACCAAUAUACUACGCAAACAAACAAACUUAGGCUUAAAUUAAAGCUAAAAAAAAUUCUCUAUAAUACUUCCUUAUUCUUGAAAAGAGAAAGUGAACACAUUCUGCGAAAACAAUGCCAAGAUUUAUAUAAACCUGCUCGUGCCGAACAAAUUUCGGCGGCCAUCUUUCUUUUUUUCCACUUUGAAUACAGAAUAUUUCAUUUUCAUCACACAAAAUAAAAAAAAUAAUAAUUAUAAAACAAUUAAAAACAGUUAAUUUAUUGUUUCAUUUAAAUCUUCAUCUGAAAUUUGUUUAAAUUGCUUCAUAAUGGCCGCCGCCAAAACAUCGAUCUCGAACCCACCCCCUAAACUUACGUCAGCAGGUGGGUUCGAGAUUGAACGCACCUCCUCGUAUAUGAGAUAAGAGUCCAAGUCACAUGACUCGAGUCUACAGCUCUGAAAAAUUGUUAGAUGCAUUCAUUUAACUAUCCUGAACAAUAUACUAAAAGUCCCCAUGUAUCCUCGUGGAGCUUUUUCUAUUAUGACAAGGUCUUUUUCGCAGUUCCCUACUACUCCCAUAUUGUUAAAAAACGUGAAAUUUCAAGUUGACUCGUAAUAAAAAUUACUCGCAUCACUAGAAAGCUCAUAAAAACUACAUUUUAGACAUUUAAACAGUCACCUAAAUUUUUCAAGCGGUUUUCGAUUUAUUGCUGUUCCAAAUGUGAAAAAUAGGCCAAAAUCUGGCAAAAAUCCUGGGUACUAGUCUGACAACACGUUUCCAACAGCUCAAAACUCAAGAAGAACUUGCAAAAUCAAGGUAGCCGUUUAAAUGUCUUAUAUGUAGUUUUUUGUAAGUUUUCUAAUGAUGUAACUUAUCGUUCCUAUAAAUGAAUCUCAAAUUUCACUUUUUUAAUAAUAUAUAGGAGUUCAAUAGGGAAAUCGAACAAAAAACUUGUCAUAAUAGAGAAAGCUCCAAGAGGAUACAUGAGGACUUUUAGUAUGUUAUCAAGGUUGCUGAAGAGAGUGCAUACGCCAAUUUUUGGCUUUUUACUAAUUUUUUCUGACCUAUUUUCUAUUUUGAUUGUACUAGCAUGUCGUUAAAAGAUGGUACUUCAAGGGUUUCUGAUAUUUUGAAACUGAAUUAUCUUGAGAUUGAAUCUCAGUCGGGCCAAGUAGAGUUUUCUCUACUUUAAUGAUUCGUAUGGUAUCGUACCUCCUAAUAUCAUAUUAUUACUGUCCACCCGCAUUAACAUUCCCACAACAGUUGAGGUUGUAUACAGUGUGACAUUGUCUUGAUCAUUGGGGAAAUCGAGAAAAAUUUAAAUAUGAGAAAAAAAUAUUGCAGUGCUUGAGUCAAGAUGAGAAAAAAAUGCAUGCACAGCUAUUUCACAAGAAAAUGCUACUAAAAAAACAAUUUCCUUCCGAGAGCAAUUUUUCCACUCUCAAAAUUCUAAUGGUCUGCCCCUUACCAAUUAUUUGACGGAUCGAAUGAUUCAUUCUAUAAAUCGCCCACACAACGUGCAGGUCUGUUGACGUUUCUGAUAUUGAAUUAGUGACCGCGGCUAAAUGUCAAAAACAAACAGUAGCGUAGCCAGCCCGACUAUUUGGUCCCGCUAUGCAAAUAUUUCCAUAUUCAUUGACUGUGAAAACAAUCAAUUUCUAAAGAAAUGAAUAAUGAUAAUAAUUUUGAAUUUGCAUAGCGGGACUAAAUUGUCGGGCUGGCUACGCCACUGAAAACAAAUAUUACUAGCUCUCAGCCUUUUGCGUGAACUGGUCGCGUAUCACGUGAAACAGCUGUAACACUGUUUAUUACCUCACUUGUCUAUACCAAACCUACGACAUGAGGAAAACAGGUUCCAAAUUCCUUAAUUUGUAUGUAUUCCAAAAACAGAAUUAUAGGAUUUUCUGCCAUUGAUUCGGGUGUUAACUCACGCGUUUUUCAGUCACCACGCAUGGCGUCUCGCUGCUAUACUAGUGGGAUAUUUAUCAUUUAUAGACCCGGAGCGAGGGGGAUUCGGCGUAAUAUUUCCCGAAGUGAUGUUAUUAGGGAAAUAUCGUGGGAAAUAUCGUCGAAUCCUCCGAGCGGAGUGUCUAUAAAUGAUAUAUUAUACCGAAAGUUAAAGAACUCACUAAGUUCAGAAUAAACUUAAAACUUGCUGAAUAUUAACUACGCGAAUACAAUUUUAAAUUUCUUAUGCAUACCUGAGUUUUUGACGUUUCCUCUUUAAAAUAUUUGAGCAUGUAUCCUUUGGAUCAUUAAAGGUAACAUACGUCUUGAAAAUCUUUGGUUAAAUCAAAUCUUCUGGACGAAAUUACUGAUAACAGCUCACGAACGCCAUAUUGUUUCAGAGCGUGGUGUCCACGCGUCACGCGUGAGCGUGGGAUACUAUAAUAUCCCACGGUGGAUCUGCCGUGGGAUAUUAUAGUGUCUCACGCUGCAUUGCGAAGUCAUGAAUUUGAGUGAAAUACCGUAAAAAUCACAUUAUCACGCGGUACAAAUGCUGUUUUUUCAUUGGACAAUUUGAAUUUGAGAUAUAAUAUUACUCAACAUUCCCACGUAUAUUAUAUUUAUCAUUUAUAGACCCGGAGCGAGGGGGAUUCGGCGUAAUAUUUCCCGAAGUGAUGAUAUUUUCCGAGGGGCUUUGCCCCGAGGAAAAUAUCAUGACUGAGGGAAAUAUCGUCGAAUCCCCCGAGCGGAGGGUCUAUAAAUGAUAUAUUAUACCGAAAGUUAAAGAACUCACUAAGAGUCUAUUAAGUUCAGAAUAAACUUUAAAACUUGCUGAAUACUAUUAAAUAACUACGCGAAUACAAUUUUUAAUUUCUUAUCUAUACCUGAGUUUUUGACGUUUCCUCUUUAUUAUAUUUGAGCAAGUAUCCUUUGGAUCGUUGAAUGUAACAUACGUGUUGAAAUCUUUGGUUUACUUAAUAAAUCUUCUGUAGUUAUGUAAGAAAAUUAAUACAAAAAACAGCUCGCGAACGCCAUAUUGUUUUAGAGCGUGGUGCCCACGCGUCGCGCGUGAGCGUGGGAUACUAUAAUAUCCCACUAGUAUCCCACGCUGGAUUGCGAAAUCAUGAAUUUGAGUGAAAUACCGUAAAAAUCACACUAUCACGUGGUACAAAUGCUGUUUUUUCAUUGGACAAUUUGAAUUUGAGGUAUAAUAUUAGGUAAUGUCUUUACCGGACUCAUUAGGAUACUGUUUAUAGAGAGAAUGGAUAGCUACCGUGCAAAUAAGUUUGAUUAUAGUUUAGUAAUUUAAUAAAAACUUAGUUAAACGUAGAAUAUUUUGCAUAUUCUAAGCGAACUAAUUCAGAUCCUAAUCAUGGUUUGCUUAGGUAUGGACGGAAAAAAUCAACUAUUGUGACCAUGAUCAUAGGUGGAAUUUGCUGCUUCAUAGUUUCAUUGAUUCCUUCUGGUACCGAUAGGACAGGUAUUGAAUCUGAUCAUCCAUGCUUAUCAUACCAGACAUAGUUUUAUUAUAUAUAUACAGGGUGUAUAAAAAAAGAAUACAAUUUUGAAACGGCUCUCGAUUUCACAAAGCCGCUCAUUUCAUGAAAUUUUUGGUAAAUACAUAUUUAGUUCUUUGUAUGUUUGCAUGGUGUUAAAACAGAUAAUAGUUUUGUUUGUGGAAACACCACGUAAAUUUAUUACUGCAAAGCUUUCGAUCCGUAAGCCCGGAUCUUCAUCAGUGCUAAUCUUAAUAAACAUAUUAUUAGCACUGAUGAACAUCCGGGCUUACGGAUCGAAAGCUUUGCAGUAAUAUAUUUACGUGGUGUUUCCACAAACAAAACUACUAUAAAUAUAGAUUGUUUGAGACUUUGGGAUAUUUUCGUAAAGUGGGAGGGGGGGCUGUAUUCUCCGGCUUUUCUUCCUUUCCGUCCAAAGGACGGUUGUUCUAGUAUGGUUGAACUUGUCAACGAUAUUCUUUUUGAUUUACCCUCAGUUGUUGGUCUUCCACGAACGAGAAAUACGGAAGCCAUGAUUAGCAAUCUUCUUUAUAAAAUGAGAAAACUUUCUAAAAUCAUUGGUUAAGAUAAAAACACACGCCAAAAUCUCAAUCAAUGAUCUAUACUAACAUAGUUACUUAAAUUUACAAAUGCAUGUGACACUUAUGGUUGUCCAUGAAUCCAUGAAUAAAAAUUGCACCAAAACCAUAAUGUUCCAUUAUAUUAAUAAUGAACAUAAAAAGUAUGAACAUCAAAGAGUGCCUCGCCUUACAUUGUCAAAUAAUUUUUUGUUGGUUGUCAGAUGAUGUUAUUAGGUAAUUUAAGAUAGCCGACUUCAAUUUAAGAUAGCGGACUUUAAAAAUUUAAGAUUUGACUCUAUAGUAUAUAGUACAUUACAGGAAGACGACAUGGAGCAUGUUAUUAAUUAUUGCUUGACUGUUCAGGUUUUCUCUCUAUGUCUAUGACUAAUUUCAGAUUACCUUGUUGGUCGUGUAAUUGGUGGAACGUUAGGGAAAGGAUUUUUUACAUUCGCUUUUGACACUGUUUUCGUUUGGUCUGGCGAAAUAUUUCCUACAGUUGUAAGGUAAUUUAAUCUUGUAUUUUACAUGAAACAAUUCAAUGGUUAGCUUAAAUAAAUCCAAAACAAUUUCAUGUAUACAGCUGAGAAUUUGGUACAAAAACAUAAGAAUACAACCAUGCCACUCAACUAAGAUGGAAUGUCAAAAUAUUGUUGGUCAUUUUCAGGGGACAUAUCAAACAUCAUACAGUAAAAUACGCG